AUGGCUUAUCGGUUGGCAUUUCUAAUAUUUCUGGGCGCAUUUUGUGUAUCAUUGUUCAGUGAAAUUGCGCAUUGGGAACCAUUGAAUAUUGGAAUUAUCAGAGAGAAAGAAAUGCUUCACUUAUCACCAACAGUUUUGGAUGGUUUACGAUCAGCUAUUAUUCAAAUGCAAUCACUCAUAAGUAUAUGGUAUCUUCCGGAAAACGAUAAAUUAAGUGCUAAAAAUUUACAACUAUGUAUCCCACAUUGGCAACCAUCAAUUGGAGAAUGUUUCAUGGAGACUGUACAUAAGAUGAAAAAAUUAAAUCAACUUGAUAUUACAAAAGAUGUUAACUUAAAAUUUUAUCAUAUCAACUUUUUACUUUUUUUACAGAUGGAUAUUAAGAAAUGUAACGAUGAUGAUGGCUUACUUGCAGCUGCCACACCUUGUAUCCUUAUUGAUAAUAAUCGUCCAUUAGCUGCUCAAUUAAUUCUAUGUCCACUCAAUUAUCGAUGGAAUUCUUUUCAAGCUAUUAUUGACCUAUUUCGUCAUGAAAUAAUGCAUGCUUUGGGUUUUGGCUUAAUAAUUCCUAAAGGAAAUUUUUCUACCACACCGAUGACAAGGAAAUUUUUUUGGACUGAUGAAUCAUCCAGUCAACAUGUUACAGCAAUCUAUAUGGAUUUUCAGGAUAAUGCAGUGAUCGAAGCAAGAAAACAUUUCGGCUGUCAAAGUUUGCAUGGAAUUGAAGCAGAUGGUGAGGAUAAGAUACAUCUCAAUGAAUAUAUUUAUGGUGUAAGAUUUUUUUGCUGA